AUGGUUGGUGGAAGUCCAUCAAAUGGCCUCACAGUGCCCCUUUCGCCAUUUCUCGCCGGCCUAACAUUAUUUGCAGCUCUUCUAUUUGCCAUCGCAUGCAUAAUCCUAGCAGCUCUCUAUCGGAGAUACUCAAACAAAAACAGUGAAGCCAAUUUGAAAUCUGCCAAACAUACCCAGCUGUCGAUAAUGCCAUCUGAUUGUCAGCUAGAUCCACUUCAAGCGAACCAUCACCAUCAUCAUCAUCAUAAUCAACAUCAACAGCAGCAGCAGCAGCAGCACAAUCAUCAGCAUCAUUUGAGCGGUGCUGGCAGCCUUACAACAACAACAACAAUGGCCAAUAUGCCAUUAGGUAGUACCACAACGAAUCCGCAUGAUGGCCAUCAUCAACAGAGUCCACAAAUGAUGGGUGACCCACCCGAAGGUGAUGACACAGAUCCAGAUGUUAUUCCAAAUCAAUAUGAAAAACGUCCAAUAAAAUCAAUGGCCACCACACCAUUGUUCCGAAGUCCCUCGGUUAGACUGAUACAAAGGGAUUACUGCAAUGACACAGACCGAGGGGGCACUGGAAGUGGUGAUGGAGUAGUAUCUAGUUUAGGUUCAUUAGUUAGCACUGGUAAUGAAGUGCUUCAUUAUACAUUCAGACCUAGUAAACAAAUUAGUUAUGCAACGUUAACCACAAAUAACAAAGGCAUAAUAACGUGUAGUCCACCAUUAGUUGGACCAGCGGUACUACACCCUCAACAGCCCACCCCUCAACCUAUGGAAGUUAGUCUACUUAGUCCGAAUAAUCAAUCAGUUACGUCGUCACUAAGUGAAUAUCGGUUUCGACCGGAAGUCGUAACAACAUCCAACCGAAUACAGGAAAGUUGUAUAUAAAAUCCCUCAACCUAUAUACACGCACACACAAUAACCGUUAAACAUUCACCACUCUUCACAUAACAGUGAAUGUUUAAUCGUCAGCUGCUAGCCAUAUCCUUAAGGCACAUAUCUACCUAAACGUACUUAUGACGUUGACGAUAACGAUGAAGAAGAAAAAUGGCCCGAACAGCCAUUUUGUAUCAAAGACUUUAAAGAAAAAUUUUAAACUGUUUUUUCUAGAAUAAUAAAUUAUUUAUUUUUUAUUUUCAAAACUAUAAAUGUAUAUUGUUUUUUUCUUUUUUCCUACAAAAUUAAAAUACAAACAAAAAAGAACAAAAUUUAUAAGUGGACAUAUUUAAUUAUUAAAAAAAAAACAAACAAACAAAACAAAAUUUCGAAUAUGGAUUUAUUAUUACAAAAUUCUGUAAAUAAACGUUGAAUGCUUCUACCUAUAUUGUUUUUAAACUUCUAGCCAAUAAUUAGUAAAUUGUAUCUAUGUGUGCAUACUAAAUUUUUCUAUAAAUAGGUAAAAAUAUUAUUAUUUAAAUUUUUUAUGUAACGAAAUACAUUUCUAAAGAAAAUUCCUUAGUUAAUAAAAAUAAAAAAAUAAAACACGGGACAUGUAUCCGUUUAUAUUAAAAAAAAAAAAAAAACAAAGCAACAACAAAAACUGUACAUAUCGAAAUACAUAUUUAUAGCAAACGUGAAAUUCUUCCUUUUUGUAAAAAUAAACAAAUAAUAAUAAAAAAAAAAACAAAGC